AUGAGUGUGUGCUUAGAUAAUCAAACGACGGCAUCGCUUUCAGAUCGCGAGGUCGUUGAGGGCACCAAAGAGGACAUUCAUGAAAAAGUGACGGGGGGAAUUUUGGAAAAGGCAGAUUCUGCGAACUCUGGCGCUAAUUCUGUAGCCAAGGAUAGUGAGAACGGCCAGGCGGCUCCAUCGGAACCGGAAACUGCAAUUUCGCCUCUGACGGGACUUAGGUUUUAUGUCUGUUUUGCGUCGCUAGCGCUAUCGCUUUUUCUGGCCGCACUGGACAUUUUGAUUGUGGGAACCAUCAUGGAGACUGUUGCUGCCAAGUUCAACGGCUACAGCAUGACCGGGUGGCUGGUGACUGGCUACAAUCUACCUAACGCGUUGCUGAGUCUUCUGUGGGGCCGGUUUGGCACUGUGGCAGGCUUCAAGACAUCUAUGCUUCUCUCAAUAGUCAUCUUCGAAGUGGGCUCCUUGAUAGCGGCGGCUGCGACGUCGAUGACCAUGCUUAUCGGAGGAAGAGUCAUCUCUGGUAUCGGCGGAAGUGGUAUUCAGACUUUGUGUUUUGUUAUUACUUCAACACUAGUGACAGACCGCACACGGGGUACUGCAAUUUCGAUCUUGAGCUGCGCCUUUGCGGUGGCAUCGGUUGCGGGACCCUUCCUAGGUGGAGCCUUUGCAACACAUGUGACGUGGAGAUGGUGCUUCUAUAUUAAUUUGCCAAUCGGAGGACUGGCCUUUUUCUUCUUCCUGUUCUCUUACAACCCUAACGGCGAAAACACUUUCGAGAACUUCAAGAUUUUACUUGGCAGGAUUAAAAGGAUUUCGUACUCCCAGUUGCUGACCGUUAGUUUCUAUCGCAGGCUUUUCCGCACGUUGGUCUUCAAAUUCGACUUUUUUGAAUUCGCGCUAUCUUCUGCGGGUUUCACGCUCGUGCUAUUGGCCCUGACAUUUGGAGGUAACAGAUAUGAUUGGAACUCAGGCACUAUCAUUGCCUAUUUUGUUGUUGGCAUUUUGUUGAUAAUCGCUAGUUUUGUCUACGACUUUGUGGUUUUUGACAGAGUUAAACCGCAAACUGAUCGUAUCCCCUAUUUGCCGCUUCUUUCUUGGAACGUUAUUUCCAAGCCAGGUGUAUUGAUCCCCAAUAUUGCUAAUUUUUGCACAUGUUUCUGCUAUAACAUGCAAGUUGUGUACAUUGUCCAGUACUUCCAGCUGGUGUGGGGAGACUCUGCCUGGAAAGCAUCUAUUCACUUGAUUGCACCAGUUAUUUCGACUGUCAUUACUGUGCUAUUUUGUGGAAUCAUAACUCGGAAAACAGGACAUGUUAAGAUUCUUCUGGUUGUCGGAGGAAUCGUUAUACCAGUAGCAUCUGGAAUCUUGACACUCCUGGGUCCUAAGUCAAGUAGCUCUGCUAAAAUUGGUCUGCUCAUCUUGCCCGGUAUAUCUUUCGGCUCGGUUAUGAACGGCUCCUUGUUGAGCUCUCAACUUCAAAUCCAAAAAAACCAUCCACUCUUCCGUUUUGAUUUCAUUGCUGUGACAACGUUCAACGCUUUUGUUAAAAUGCUGGGGAUGGCGUUUGGUGGUAUCAUGUCUAAUAUGAUUUUCACGACAUCAGUUCGUAACGAACUUUCCAAGAUUAAGCCACCGUUGCCACAUAGCCAGUCUGUUGAUGGCCUUAUCAGCUGGUGGUACAAGAACUAUGCGGGCAGAGACUCGGCUGAGGUUCACGUGUUCAUGAAUGGAAUAAAGGACGUGUUUUGGGCUGCUCUUGGACUAGCUGCCAUUGCUGCAGUUGCGUGCUUUUGUUCGUCAAACAAGAAAGUUGAUAUUGAAAAACCUGAAGGAGAUGAGGAGAAGAAUGGAAAAUAG